AUGUGUGGUUGCACACUGUUGGGAUUAUGGCGUUUUGUGAUCUGGUUGGAUGAAUGGCUUGUCCAGUACGUGAAACCCUAUCAUUCGUGUCUAUUCGAAUGCGUGAUUCGUAUGGUCCUGCCCGGAUUUCCUGCACCACGACCAAUGUGUGAAUUUUUCACUUACUAUUGUCUCAUCUGUCCGGUGGAGAUUUAUCGUGCUGUGACUUGCCGAGAUCGUGGAGCGUUUCACAAACUGAACGGGGAUGCGAUGUGCUUCUUCUUCAAACAAUUGGAUUUUUUCGAUUUGGAUGAGGUAACCGGUGCGAUGGGUUGGAUGCCGGAUUGGAAACGAUAUAUGUUGACCGGAAAAUGGCCCUGGGAUGACAAGGAAGAUGCCGGUCCGGGUGGUGACGAAGAUGAGGAGGAGGAUGAAAAUGAGGAUGAAGACAGCGAAGAUGAAGAUGACGAUGACGAAGAGGGCUAA